AUGCUCAGCUACCCCGCUGCUGCAGCACUCACCGCGGCCGUGGUGGUGCUCUGUGCCACCUGGCUCCACCGCAGCGCGUGCGCAUCCAGCCGCGGCAGCCCCGCCGCCACAGCUGUUGCUGUCUCGCUGCUCAUGAACUUGGCGGUCGUCCUGCUCUACGACGGGGCCACCGCCUACGUCACCAGAGGCAUGCUGGCCUUCUUGCUGACCUGGCUGGCAAGCAGCAAGGCGGUAGCGUUUCUUUGUUGCCGCGGGCCGCUUGCAGCCCAGCGGUGGACGCGGGCCCAGUUUGUGGUGCUGUAUGCGCUGCCCCUCCUGCCAGCCGACCCGCAAGCAGCACGUGAAGCCAGCGGAGACGGCGGCAGCCUGCUGGCACGCUCCGCAGCCAAGAUGGCCCUCACCGCGGUGGCGCUGUUUGGGCUGGCGUGCGGCCCGCCGCAGGUUGUCAGGGAGGUGCUUUACGUCACGGCCAUGUACGGCUGGCUGGGGUUUGCCAUGGAUGGGCUGGGCAGCCUAGCGCUCACCUGGCUGGGACUCCACCUGGAGCCCCACUUCCGCCCGCCCUGGCAGGCGCGGUCGUUGUCGGCCCUCUGGGGCCGCCACUGGAAUUUGGCGGCCAGCGACGCGGUGCGCCGCGCCGUCUACGAGCCCAUUCUGGAGGGCGCUUGGGUGCGCCAGCGGCGGCCCGGCGGCAUGGGCCCCGCAGCGGCGCCUGCGGAAGUGGCAGAGAAGGCUGCCGCUGCGCAGCGGAGGGGGCAGCGGGGCACUGGCGGGCGACCGCCCAGGGCGGCGAUGGCGCUGUGCGCCGCCUGCCUGACCAGCGGCCUGGUGCACGAGGCGAUCGUGUGGUACAUCAGCGGCACGACCACGCAGGGCGCGUGGCUGGCCUUUUUUGCGCUCCAGGGCCCGCUCAUCCUGGCAGAGCGGCAGGCGCUGAACUGGUUGGGAGAGGCGGGACUCAAGCCGCCCGCGCCGCUGCGGGUGGCGCUGACGCUGAGCACGCUCCUGCUGGUGGCGCAUUUCCUGUUCUUCGUGCCCGUCGAGCGCAUCCCUCUGAUUCACCAGUUUGUGGCACGCAUGAACCAGAACUUUGCCUCGACUGGACUGGCGGCCACUGGCAGCAGGGUGGCGGCCGGCGGCACGCCCAAGCGCCGUGUGCUGCUGCCCAUCCAGCAGGAGCCUCGCUCUGCCUGGGCGCCGGCGGAGCAGAAGGCGCAGGACUGGAAAGCUGUCGAGGCGCUGGCUGGGCGCCAGCCCACACCCUCGGGUCCUGCGGCACCGCCACAGCAGCAUCCGCUGGUCACCCCCGCCAAGCCGGCACCUGGAAGAGGGCGGGUUCAGCACACCGUCACCGUUGCGGCAGACGUGUCCCUGCUGGUGCAGAACCUGGCGGGACAGGCGGGUGCAGCUGUCAGCAGCAUCGGCAAAGCAGGCGCCGGCGCACAGCAGGCGGCCACAGCACCCGCCAGCAACCGCCUGGCCGACCUGCUGCACACCCUGGCCGACUCGGCAGUGCUGGCGCUGGCCACAGACACAGUGCUGGCCGAGCUGCUGGGAGGCCUGCAGCCGCUGCUGCGCUACCGCGCUGUCGAGCACGCGUGGGCGGUUGCGGGAAUCGCCGGCAUCCUAGUGCCCCUGCAGCUGGCGUGCCAGGCAAGCGCAGAGCGCCUGUGUCGCACCUCUCUGGCCUGUGAUGCCGGCCUGGCAGCAGCCGCCUCCCGCUUCUUUACGCGCGUGAUCCGGGAGGCUGGCGACGGAGCGGUGCACGACAGCCUGCUGGCCGCGACGGCCGCCUAUGGGCACGGCAACACCAGGCUGCUGAGCGGAGUGGCCCUGGCCAGCCUGCUGACCCUGCUGGUGACUGCACGAUUCCAGCCGCCCACGCCCCUGGCUUUUGGCAGCCGCUGCGUGGAGCGCCUGAUGCGCCUGAGCCACAGCAAAGCAGGGUUGAAGCUGCAGCACUUUGCCGAGGCGAUCGAGUCGCUGAGCCAGCUGCGGUGCAUUGAUGGGCCGUCUGCGGCUCCCGUGGUCGCCCUGGCCGCCUCCACUGCGAGGGAGGUGGAGGGCGAUGCUCGCCAGCUGGAUGUCUCGCAGCUCAUGCAGCUGGCCAGGGUGAUGAACUCUGUCGCUGUGAUCGCAGCCACCACCACAGUGCAGAGCGGCUCCCUGCUGGCCACCACCGCUGCCUGGCACUUGAUGACCGUCCGCGCCUCCGCCCUGGCUGGCAGCACGGCUGGGGUGGGGCCGGCGCUGUCGCACAUGUGGCUGGCCAGCCGCCUGCUGAUGGCAGUUUCCCAGGCCCAAGCCAGCGAUGCGCCCAACUUUCAGCUGCCCGACCACCUGGGGCUGAUGAGCCAGGCGGCCUGGCUGGAGCACGAGCAGCGGGUGGUGGCGGGGCUCACCUCGGCGCAGAGAAGGGUGCUGAACUCGCUCGGCGUGCUCAAGGUGCCCGCCACCCGCGUCACCGUCAACGCCUCCUUCCUCGACUUCUUCCAGAUCAGCAUCGCGUGCACUUGCCUUCAGUAUGCUAGUGCUGAUUGGGUGAACCAGAUCAAAGCGCAGCUCCCCCUGAAGGGCAGCGACGAGAAGCGGCAGCUGGCCAUCCUGAUCCGCGACCCGCACACGCAGCUGCUGCGCAACAGCAGCCGGGGCGAGCCGCUGGGCGCAGAGGCGGCGCACGAGCGCAUCCUGCAGAGUGCUGGCUGGCAUGUGGUGCGCCUGGACUCCCAGACCUGCCUGCAGCUGCCCGUCAAAAUCCUGUCUGAGGAGCUGGCAGCAAUGAUGGCUGUGACGCUGCUGGAGGCAGCAGCAUGGGGCCCGCGGCUGCAGCAGCUGGCAGACCUGCAGGCGGCACACGCCUCUGCCGCCGCCGCCCUGCCGCCGCUCCAGGCACUCUGCGCCGAGGCCCUCUCGCAGCGUAGCCCAGGUGCAGCGGGCUUUGGGGUUGCGCACAAGAGUUUCGGAGGCGUGAUGCAGAGCAAAAGAGGAAUAGCGUGCCCAAUGUUGGCGCCAGCUGUUCCGCUCAUCACUCAGUCGCUGGCGGCGUACCGGCGGGCCGAGGCGGCGCUGGCGGCGCAGCAGGCAGAGUCGGUGGCGGCGCUGGCAGAGCUGGGGCGCAGGCUGGCGCAACAGGGGGAGGAGAGUGGCGCGGAGGCGCGGCGUCUGGCCCGGCAGCCGCAGGGGCUGGAGCUGGCGAUUGAGCGGCAGCUGCUGUGCAGCAUCCAAUGCGAGGUGGCGCAGCGCUUGCAGCACAUUGCCGCCGCCGGGGGGCAGCCCGCCAGCCUACCGUCCUUCGCAGCCGCUCUCGCCCAGCUGAAAGCCGAGGCGGCUGCCGCGCUGCAGCAACUGGAGCAGCGGCGGCAAGAGCAGCAGCAGCAGCAGCAGCAGGAUCUGCGAGCUCGUCGCGGCGCUGCAGAUGCGGCGGAUGUGGCACCAGAUCCUGCGCAGCCUGCUCUGCCGCCGCCUGCUGUGCUGUCGUCUCCCCCAGUGCCCCAGCCGGUGCAGCCGCAGAGACAGCAGCAGCCACGGCAGGAAAGCCAGGCCUUGCUGCAGCCGCAGGAUGUGCGCCUGCUGGCGUCCAGCAUGGAUCAGCUGUCUGGCCAGCUGCAGCAGCUGCAGGGGCUGCUCCUCAGCCAGCAGCAGCUGCAGGCGCCGCUGCUGCACUUCCUGCACCAGCUGCUGCCGGCGCUGUUGCCGGCAGCAGCCCAAGCGCCGCCAGCAGCUGCCACACUGCUUGAGUGGCAGCAGCAGCAGCAGCAGGCUUCGCCCUCGCCAGCCCAGCAGCAGGCCGCCGCCCCUCCUGCAGCAGGCAACCCUGCGUCAGCCGCAGCAGAUUUCCAGGAACUGUCGCCAGUGCAGCAGCAGCGGCAGCCAGCGCCUCCGGACCGCGCAUCAGGAUCAGCGGCCGUUGCUGCGGCGGCAGCGGCAGCAGCCGCUGAGGCCGAAGCCGCAGCUGCAGCGACCUUCCCGCCUGGAGCCGGGAGAGGCGCUGCUGCAAGCACAGCGGCACCUGAGGACAACGCCGCCGUGGCUGCAGCAUCGGGCCCGCUGCCCAACCAGACGCCGCCAGCAGUGCAGGUGGUAGCAGCACCCAGAGACCCCCUGUCAGCCGCACCAGCAGCCGCCCUCCCCCUGUUCACUCCUGUGGAACCGCGACCCAGCGACGCCGUCGCGGCAGGCAUGGCGGCAGCCGCUGCUGUUGUGGCGGCCGUGGAUAGCAGCAGGGCGGUGCACGCCGCCCUCAGAGGCGAUGCCGCCCCCAGCAGCAGCAGCAGCGAGGGCCGGGCCGCUGCUGCGGCUGUGGCAGCGGCGCUGGCUGUGGGGUUGGUGGGCAGCCCGCAGCAGACCACGGCGGCAGCAGCAUCAGGGGAGGCAGGGGCCCACGAUGCGGCUGCCGGUGCAUUGUCUCAGGGUGCUGUGCAGCAGCCUGAGGAGCAGCCCCCACCUCAGGAGCAGUGGCAGGCUGCAGGCGACGGCGGCGGCGGCUCGUGCCAGCCGCCGUUUGCCUUCCCGCAGCUGCAGGCACCUGCUUCCCAGCAGCAAGGCACCGCAUCCACCCCGCCCUUGCCCUCCGACCAGCCGCCACGGCCAGGCGCCAGGGCUGUGCAAGUCGGCGGCAGCGCAGGUGGUACCAGCAGUGCUGCCAGGCCCGAUGAGGUGGCUGCAGCUGCCGCCCCAGCAGGGAGUUUGCCGCCAGGCAAGGAAAACUUGACCAGCAGCCAGAGCAACAGCCAGGAGCAGCUGCUGCCUGGCUCGGCCCCAUCCUGCGGAGGUGUCGGCGGCGCGCCGGAUGCCGCACCCGGCGCUGGUAGCAGCAAGCUGGCAGCAGAUGCCAAGCCAGCAUCGCUUGCGGCUAGCCCUGCGGUGCCGGAUUCUGAGGAGCAGACGCUGCCAGGCACCCAGCAGCUGGCAUCCCAGCCGCACCUGCCGGCGCCUGCGCCAGGCUUGGCCGAGCAGGCGCAGGAGCCGUCGCAGCAGCGGUCCUCGCAGCGUGGGCUGGCGGCGGCGGCGGUCGCGGCGGCUGCAGCGGCGGCAGUGCAGGAGGUGCCAGGCGCAGGCGCGGCUGCUCCGCAGGGCACGCAAGCAGCACCCCCGCAGCAGCAGCAGCAGCAGCAGCAGCAGCAGCAGCGCAAGCGGUCGGCCUCCCAGGAGGCCGACCGGUGGCAGCAGAAGCGCAGCCGGUUUGCCCGCGAGUCGCAGGAGCAGCAGCAGGGGCAGCAGCAGCCCAGCCAGGGAGGCGGGGAGCAGGCGGGGGCAGCAGGGCAGGGCGGGGAUGGGGACCUGCACCUGUUGACGCAGGGCCCGCAACAGCGGGAGCCGCAGCAGCUGGCAGAGGGCUCCGACGACCCCUGGAGCAGCAGCGGCAUCGUGUGCAGCCAGCCAAGCGGCGGCGGCAGCGGCGGCGACCACCCGCUUGGCGCGCUGCAGUCAGCUGCGGCCGCGGCGGCAGCGCAGCACCAGCCUUCCGCGCCCCUGGCCGCGCUCAGGCAGCUUUGGCAGCAGCAGGGCGCCACGUCGCCGCUGCUGGCGCUGGUGGGCACACCUCGCGCCCAGUUCACGCCUGGUGGAGCACAGCCAGGGGCAAACCAGGCCAGCCAGCAGCAGGCAGGCGGGGCUGCUGGCGGCUCGCCCAGCCCCUGGCUCUUGGCCAGCUGGCAGCCGGCCCCGGUGGCGGGCGCAGCCAAGGGCGCCACCCCCCGCUUUGUGAGCCCCAGCACCGGCGGCGCUGGCGGCGCCAGCUGCAGCCUCACCCCAGCCCCAGCGGCAGCAGCAGCAACUGCUGGGACCAGCCCCUUCCAGCCGCUGCUGGGCAACCAUCCGUGCCUGGCUCCCGCCCCUGGCGAUGGCGCCCAGCGGGGGCCGAUCCCAGACGCAGGAGCCGUGGCCGGCCAGCAGCAACACCACCGGCUUGCUCGGAGGAGCCCGCUGCAGCAGGCCGCUGAAGAGGGCGGAGUCGGUGGAGGCGGCAGCUAG